AUGAAGCCAGAGACCAGGGCAUAUGAUCUGUUGAGCGAUAUCUCCUAUAUCAUCCGGAAACUUCGCCAUCAGCGAACGCUCUCUGAUGCUGAAUUAAGGACAACUUCCGAUAAAUUGGCUUAUCUGACGGAAGCCGGUUUGAACGUGGAAUGGUUGCGGACAAAUCUCGAGGUGAAGAAACGUGAAGCUUACUUAGAGAGGAAGAAACGCGAUGCUUGUGAAGCUCGGAUCGUGGAACUCAAACAAGAGGUCAAGAAACUUGAGCUUGCCAAGUCUGGUCUCAAAGCUGAGUUGAAAAUCGAGAAGGCCAAGUUGAAUCCUCGUUCGUUUAGGAAUCGUCUUUUGGGGAAUUGCUUCUGCCUAAAUACAUAA